AUGGAACUCAGUCCAACACGCCCCACCGCCAUAGCCGCGGACUCCGGCUCCCACCCACCAUCCAGAACAGACGCCACCGUGCACGUCUCUUCCGGCUCCUCCUCGUCCCAAUCAGCGCAUACCUCCUCCGCCGACUCGGGCCUCGCUGGCCAACUCUCAGCCACCCCUUCGUCCUCCACAUCGCCUCCGAUCAAGCCGCCCAAAAUGAGGGUGCCUGCCUCGGAUUUCGACGAUGCCAGCAGCAUCGGCUCCAACGAUGCUCUCUCCAUCGCCAAGGUGCAGAUCAAAAGCGCGCUCUCGUCCCCACGCUCCUCCAUCUCGUCUUCCGGUGCCGUCCGCAGAGGCGCAUGGAGGGUCAUGGGCGCCGCCUCCUCAGCUUCAGCCUCUCGCAGCUUUACCCAUGGCUACCGCGGCGAGAUGUACGCCUCCUCCACCUCGUCCGAACACGACGCCGACGACACAUCUGCACCGCCAACAUCGCGCAUGCACACAUCCGACGACGUCAUCCAAACCGCAGCUUCUCCUGCCUUCAACCAACGCUCUCCCAGCGCCGCCAGCAUCGCCAGUGACAUCGAAGACACCUACCGCGAAAAUCCGCACGAGCUCAGCGUCGUCGACCACCCGGCAUGGCACAAGCUGCGCACCCAGCCCGGCGUCGCCGCGCCCGGCACGCUGAGCUACCUUCCGUCGCUGCCGCCAAAGGCCGGCCUCACCUCGGACGACGCGGACUUGGACGCCAUGUCGGACGCACACCAACCGUCGCUGGCCAGCCCACAACGUCCCGAGUUCUCUCAUCCCUUCCAACAAGAUGCAUCCUCGCCUUCCUUCGCAGCGUCUGCGCACGCCAACGGCGACGCCGCGCGCGCAUCCGCCAUGCCGAUCGGCAAGGACGCAUCAGCUCCAGAACAAGACGAAUCGCUGCAAGACGUCGAGCCGGGUGCGUACGACUGGGCCAACUUCGUCUAUGCCUACGCCCGCGGACGUUGGAAUCCGGGUCUUAUCCCGCAGCCUCCAGGCCGCUCGACCGUCGUCCCUGGCGCCAAGGUCCGCAUCAGCACCACGCUCGACCCUCCACUCGACGAAGAAGCUCCCGCCGCAGCCCUGGCAGGCGCCCGCAGGCCAUCGCUCGAGUACCUCAUGCCCGAUUCGGAACAGGCCGACCCUUCCAACUUGCUCGCCAUGGCCCCGGCUUUCGAGCCUCACAGCCUUCCACUCAGCGCCCACGGCAGCUUGGAUGCCCGCACAGAGCCCGGCGAAAUCGGCUCGGCUGCCUCGUUUCCCGUGGGCGCCAGCAGCGCUGCCCCUCCCUCCCAACUAUUCGACACAAAGACGCCCGGCCGCUCUCAAAGUCUCGAGUACUCCUUGCCAGCCGACCAAAACCCUGCCGCAUCUUCCGAGGACAAGCCGAUCCACGCCGCGAGCUCGGCAGGUCCGGCGCAGGCUCUCGGCGCCGCGGCGAACGACGCGGCCAUCGAUGCCAACAUCCUCGCUGCUCUCAGGGAACCUUCUGCUAGCAUGUCGGCUGUCACACGAGCAUCUCGGGCGAUGGCCGUCAGCACCGGCGCACAUGCUCAAAACGAUGCCGAAAGCAGCACCGAUGGCCGAGACGAGGCUCAUUCGCCUCAUCGCUCCAAGACCGCACCCGAGGUCUUGCGAACCAGUGUCGCACGUUCCGAUCUUCCAUCACAACCAGAUCGAGCCGACGCAGUUCCAGCAUCGCUGGCCCCGUCCACUCCACCCAGAAGCGUCCGUCAGAUGUCAGAUUCCAGGAUGCACCGAGAUUCGCCCACAGAUUCUCCGUUCACCUCAAUCUUGACGGAUGAUCCGACCAAGACAGUCGUCAGAACUCCGACCAAGGCACUUUCAGAUCCGCUCGAUGCCGCCACGCCUGUCCAGCAGUCCGGCACCCCGCGCGCUCUCAAGGAGGGUCUGUCGCCGCUGUCCACUCCUUUGGCAGAGGCUGCACCCUCGGAGUCGACGCGAACGCCGUCCAAGCUCGCUCAGGGCUACGCGAGCACGUCGUCCAGCGCCACUCGCGCCAGUGAGGCGCGCUCCUCUGACGAGACCGCAGACAACAAGACUGAAGGCGGGGCAGAAGCGCCGAAUCGCCCGGGGCCGACGCCGCUCCAAGCUACUCACGGCCCCUCUGCGCAGCCGGUCGUAUGGCAGUCGGCACCGGAAGGUCUUUCCAGCUUCGCCGAGGUAAUGUCUCGUCAAGCCUCGGCCGCGGCCGCGGCCGUCGGAGAGCCCAAGGUGUCGUAUACUAACGAUGUCGCUCUCGAGAACGUCACGGUGGCGGGUCUGCGACGCGCUGCGCGGCGCACGAGCAUGGAGAGGGCCGAGCGAGCCGAAUCGGAACGCACGCGCGUCGACGGUGGUCGCAACCAAAAGGGUCCCUUGGUGUCUCAUAGCGCGAGCUUCCCCGGCAGUUCGCCACGGCCGUCCUUCUCGGCCGCUGGCGGGCCGCGCGAAGGAGUUCAGGCCCUGUCGCGUCUCUCCCCAGCUGGGGGCUCACUGUCGAGCGCCUCGGCCUCGGCCUCGACCAACAACGGCCCGACUGUCAACGUGGCGCACUUUGUCGACGGUAAACAGAGCGGCGAGACGCGCAUCGAUCUUCGAGGCACCGUCACCAGCUCUCCCGCCUUCACCGCCAAGGAGUCGGAAGAAACGGUAGGCACGGCCUCAGCGCUCCACGACGCCAGCGAAAAGGAUGUAUCGCUUGCCGCCAAUGCCUCGACGGGACCGAGGCCCGGCAUCACCAGCACAGCCUCCCAGCGUAUCCAGUCAUACCUCGCCGCGGGCAGGCGUGCUGAACUCUUCUACCGCGACCACGGCUACCUUCCGUCGAUCCUGCCUCCUCACGAGGAGUCGCGACUGCACGCCCUCGCCCGCUACGGCCCGCCCAAGAUCGCCGGCAAUCCGAAUUUCGAGAGGAUCGCGCACCUGGUCAAGCUCGUGUUCAACUCUAAGCUGGUGCUCAUCACUCUGGUUGGCGAGAACGAGCAGAUCGUCCAGACGCAGAUGGGAGGCGGGGGCGAGGUCACGACCGCAUCACUCCAGACCCUCGCCGGCUCGCGCAAUUGCUCCUUCUGCUCUCACGCCAUCCUGCAGGACGGCGAUGAGCCCAUCGUCAUCUUCGACGCCGCCAAAGACUGGCGCUUCUCGGGCAAUCCGCUCGUCAAGGGCUCACCCGACAUCCGCUUCUACGCCGGCAGUCCACUGCGCACUUCAGAUGGCCUCAACAUCGGCGCUCUCUGCUUGAUCGACGACAAGCCGCGCACUCAGUUCGGCCCGCGCCAGCGCCACACGCUCAAAGAGUUCGCCCGUGUGGUCAUGCGCGAGAUGCAGCUGCUGCGAGACAAGAUCCAGUUCAGCAUGCGCGACCGCAUGCAGCGCUCCGUCGAGCUUUUCACCAAAGAGUGUCUCGAGAUGGAUUCCGAGGAGGGCGAGUCGGAUGCGCUCGCUACCCCGCAAGGCACCGUGGGCACGCACAAGGUCUUCCAGCUGGCUGCGCAGAGCAUGCGCGAGGCUCUUCAGGCAUCGGGCGCCGUCAUCUUCGACCUCUCGCAUUUCGAGCUCAUCGACUCGUAUGACAAUGACUUCCUCCCCAGCGACCUCGGCACCGGAACCAGCAGCAAGAUCUACUUUGCCAAUCCGCUGUCCUCGCAAGAGCCAGGCGUGGCCGCUUCGGGCGCCAACAGGGGCGAUGUGUCCGGGUCCAACUCGGACGUGGCAGGCUCGCCGGGCAACGCCGGGACCAGCCUGGGGCGAUCUGGAACGAUUUCCGGCAAGAAGAGCGCCCGCGAGCGCCACUUUGAUGGCACCGCCGGCGUCGAGGCAUUCAGGAGUCCGUUCAGCUCGCCCGUGGGUGAGCAAAACGCCCGGGCCAAGCGCGUGCCGCCGAUGAACGUCCUUGGCGCGAGCGAGGCCGACACGUCUCCCGACCGGAGCGAGUUCGUACCGCUCAGCCACCAUGUGCAGAUGGCCGAGUUCUUGCGCGUGCAUCGCACCGGAAAGUUCUACUCGUACGCGCCACCGCCGUUCCGAUCGCUGCUGCCGCAUGGCGUGACGGGCCUGCUGCUGGUGCCGAUCUUUGGGCUCAACAAGCAGCCUUUCGCGCUUCUGUGCGCGUACAUCACGAGCUCGGAGCGAUCCAUUGCGCUCGAAGAGCUGCAAGUGAGCGGCCUGCAGUACUUGCGAGCACUCGGCAUGAUCGUGCUCAGCGCCAUCCUCAAGAAGGACAUUAUGCUUGCCGACAAGGCCAAGAGCAACUUCAUCUCCAACAUCUCACACGAGCUGCGCACGCCGCUCCACGGCAUCCUCGCCGCCGCCGAACUGCUGGCCGAGACGAAGCUCAACUCGACCCAGGGCUCGUACCUCGAGACCGUCGAGGCGUGUGGCAAGAGCCUGCUCGAGCUUGUCAACCACGUGCUCGACUUCACCAAGCUCAGCGGCAACACGCGGCAGGGACAGCGCUCCGUGCAGACAAAGACCAAGUGCGACAUGGUCAAGCUCAUUCAAGAGGUCUGCGAGAGCAGUUGGAUCGGCCAGAUGGCGCGACAGGUCGAGACCUUCACAUCGGGAAUUGGUAGCGUGUAUGCGCCGCCGUCGGACGGCGGAAGCGGCGACUCGUUGGUCCAGGCCAGGGCGCGCGUCGCGCGCGAGAACAAGGUCGAGACCGUGAUCGACAUUGCGCUUCGAGAAGACGGCUGGCUGGUCAAUUGUGACACAGGCGGCAUCCGCCGUGUGCUGAUGAACCUGAUCGGAAAUUCGCUCAAGUUCACCUCGUCAGGAUUCGUCCACGUCUCGCUUCGCGAAGUGCAAAGCUCGGCCACGCACAUCAUGGUCGAGCUUUCCGUCACCGACACUGGGCGCGGUAUUUCGCGGGCAUUCCUCGAGGAGCAGCUCUUCCAUCCGUUCACCCAAGAGAAUCCGCACGGCACCGGCACCGGUCUCGGCCUUUCGAUCGUCAACAGUAUCGUCCAGUCGCCCUCGAUGAACGGCAAGAUCGACGUUUGGAGCACGGAGGGAGAAGGCACCGAGAUCCGCGUCACCUGCGAGCUCGAGCUGUGCAACGACGAAGACGUCGAGGGCCCGACGUAUAAGCCUGCUGUCAACGUGCACAGCAAGUACAGCGUGGCAUUGGUCGGCUUCGACGAGUCGCGCGGCGAUCAGGAUCUGCGCAUGGCGCUCCAGGGCUACUUUCUCAACUGGUGGGAGUUCCGCAUGUCGCAGCAUGCCAGUCUCGACGACAAGAUCAGACACAGCGACGUGCUCGUGGUCAACGACGACAUGCCGCUGCUCGAUCGCAUCAAGACGGCGCGACAUGGCGAGCUGCCUCCGGUCGUCUUCCUCACUGCCAACCGCGGCGGCUCCGACAUUGCGAUGGCUUGCGAGGCGUACCACAAGGCCGGCGGCGUGGCGCGCAUCCUGUUCAAGCCCGCUGGGCCAGCCAAGAUCGAAAGCGUAGUCGACUUCUGCCUGCAGUGCCUGGAGCGCAAACGUUCGGGGGAUCCGCCGUGCUCCGAGGAGACCAAGCCCAGCACUCCUCUGCCCUCGCCAAGCGAAGCCAGCACGGUGCACAAGACCCAGCAGAUGGAGCAGAGCGACAGCUACUUUACGCCGCGCCACAGCCGGCCCGACAUCCAUCGCUAUCCUGGACACGAGCUUGGCUCGUUUGAGUCCAAUGCAUCGAUCACACCUCGUGCCGAGAACGAGGCGCCAGGACCUUUGUCGAGAGCGCAGCCCGAUGAUGCCGAAGCGGUGCGCACCGGCAGCGCGAUCCCCGCGACGGAGGCGUCGAAACGACCGACGCUGGAGCCCGGCGUGGAUCGCACGCGUUCCUACCACAUCUCGCCCGAGCCGCCCAUGAGCCCGUCGAGUUCAAACUCGCUCAUCCGACGUCACUCGACCGAGGCGAGGAUGGACGCCGGCACCGAGCGAUCGACGUCGACCAAGUCGCUCAAGCCGAGCCGGCCGCUGCUGCCAGCUCGGUCCAUCACGUAUCACGAGCCGCGUUUGCACAAGCAUGUGCUCAUGUCGCCGAUGGCGGGCAAUUCGCCGUCGCAUCGCGAUGGAGACGGCGAGUCGUACUUUGAGCGCGUGCCGACGCCUUCGACGCCGCAGACGCCCAACACGCCCGGCUCGACCGUGUCGCUGGAAGGAGGCGACGGGGCGGUGCUCAAGAGCGCGCUGGUGACGCAUCGCGCCGGGACGAGUCUGCUGGGCGCGGGAUCGGGCGUAGGCGGCAGCGGUGCGGGGCGCAAGCGUAUGCAGAUUCUGUCGGUCGAGGACAAUGCGAUCAACCGCAAGGUGAUCGCUGCGUUCCUGGCCAAGCUGGACGUCGACUUUGUGGAAGCGACCAACGGCGAAGAGGGGAUCGCGCAGUUUGAGCGAUAUCCGCCGAACCACUUUGACGUGGUGCUGAUGGACCUGUCGAUGCCGGUGCUGGAUGGCAUCUCUGCGAUUGCGGCGAUCCGCAAGAUCGAGCUGGAGCGGUAUCGGGCGCAUGGCAGCGGCAGCCACGAGGGAGCGGGCGGCGCGCGGCUCAGUCGCGGAGGCUCGGCGGGCGGUGGCGGUGGCGCGGCGACGAAGCCGCCGGCGCGAUACCGGAGCAAGAUCUUUGCGCUCACCGGGCGAUCGACGGACGAGGACAAGCGGCAGGCGUUCCAGACGGGCGCCGAUGGCUACAUUGUCAAGCCGCUGAGCUUCAAGGUGCUCUCGUCGCUGUUACGCAUGCUGAUGCGCUAG